AUGGACAACAGAAACACCCAGAUGUACAUGGAGGAGGAGAAGACGGGCAACUCCUUCCCGCCAUCCACGCCAGGACCUAACACACCCAGAGAAGGGGUCAAGGCUGCGGAGACCAAGCCAGCACCGGGGCCUGUUCCUCCACCAGAGGUGAGGGACAUUGGAGAGAGAAGGGAGCCGGGCUGUGCCCCGAAGCAGCCGCGGGAGCCCACAGCGACCACGGGAGCCCAGAGCCUCGGGAGCACCGGGCAGGGCUUCAUGAAGUGCCUGCUGGAGGUGGAGGAGGAGGAGGCCAUGCAUCGGAGGGCCGCCAAGGCCCGGGCCCUGCCAAACCGGAAGGCCCCCAAGACCCUGACCCCCGUGCCCACCUCAGCCCCGGUUGGCAACUCAGCCUCAAACCUGCCCCUGACACUGCCUCAGACCCCUGCCUCCGCCCCUGCCAUGGCCCCAUCCUGGGUCCGGCCACCAGCCCCUGGGCCCAUCCCUGCCGCUGUGGGAGCCCCUGUCCCGGCCUCUGUACCUGUCACCGUCCUGCCAGCGCCCACCCUGGACCUGGGCUGGAGAAAGACAGUAUUCUUGCACCACAGCAACGAGAGAAGCCUGGCCCAAGUCAAGGCACGGCAGGACCUGGAAGAACACUGCCUCCUAAACUUGUAUCAGAACUGGGAGGCGCGGGCCGAGGAGCACCUCACCUUGAAGCAAGAGGAAGCCUUCCACAGUUACUUUGAGAUCUUCAAUGGCCCUGGCGUGGUGGACGCACACAGCCUGCAGAAGGUCCUGCUCCUUGUGGGCAUCUCCCUGACGCCGGCUCAGGUGGAGGAUGCCCUGAUGAGUGCUGACAUUGAUGGAGAUGGUCACGUGGGCUUCAAAGAUUUCUUGGCCGUAAUGACAGACACCAAGCGCUUCUUCUGCUCCGUGGAACAGAAUGCCCUGACGGCUCCCCCGAACCCCCACACUCUGCUCUUUGAGAUCCUGUCCCUGCUGGUGGAGAUGCUGGCCUUACCUGAGGCAGCCUUAGAAGAGAUCACCAACUAUUACCAGAAGAAGCUCAAGGAAGGUACCUCUAAGGCCCGAGAGAUGGAAUCGGCCAUAGGCCGGCUGCGGUCCCGGAAGAAGCUUCCCUGCAACCUGCAGCAGGCAGACGGCUUGGAAGUCCCAGAACGAAGGGUCCUCAGGAUCCUGAACCGGCUGAAGCAGCAGAGCUACGCUGUCAACCUGCAGAGCCCCUACGCCCAGGUGCCCUGCAUCCCACUCUGCCCGAGGUUGGACAAGAAGACGGUAGGCCGGAAGCAGGGCGGCCAAUACAUGUUGGACCAGUGCACCCCCACCAACCCGAGCACUGAUUUUCAUAGCCUCUACUUCCAGUCAGGAUCUCAAGGAAGCAGGGAACACAGCUCUGACGGCCGAAAGUGGCUCAGCUCCGUGCCGGCUCGAACCCACUGACCCUGCAGAGUCCUGACUCUGGACAGCUGUCUAAGACCUGCAGACAGAUAGGUCAUCA